AUGACUCCAGUUCCAACAUUUGGAGAAUUUAAGUUGCCCGAGAUUAACAAUGAACCCAUGGUAGGUUAUAAUCACACUAACUCUAAGCGCAACUAUGAACCCAAUUCAAAGGACCGGAUCGAACUGCAGAAGGCUGUCGAUGAAAUGCUUGCCCAUGGUCCCUACGAGGUCCCUAUCAUUAUUGACGGUCAGGAAUUCAAGACUGGCAAACUUAAUAAGCAAGUUAAUCCCGGUAAUCAUGCUCAUGCAUUAUGCCACUAUCAUGAGGCUGACGAAAAGAUGGUACAGCUUGCCAUCGAAGGUGCUCUCAAGGCGAAGAAGCAAUGGGCUAAUCUUCCUUGGAGCGAGCGUGCAGCUAUCGGUAUGAAGGCAGCUGAUCUUAUCGCUAACAAGUAUCGCUACAAACUUCUUGCUGCUACUAUGGUUGGUCAAGGUAAGAAUGCUUGGCAGGCGGAAAUCGAUGCCGGUGCUGAGAUCUGUGAUUUCCUGCGUUUCGGUGUCAAGUACAUUGACGACAUGUAUUCUAUUCAGCCACCUCGUAAUUCGCCGGCUGUCUGGAACCGUACUGAAUAUCGUCCCCUAGAAGGUUUUGUACUGGCAGUGUCCCCGUUCAACUUCACUGCCAUCGCUGGUAAUCUUGUCAUGACCCCUGCUCUUGUUGGUAAUGUUGUUGUUUGGAAACCUUCUCCUAUGGCUAUCUAUUCUAAUUAUCUUGUCUACAAGAUCCUUGAAGAGGCCGGUGUACCUGCGGGUGUCAUUCAGUUCGUACCAGGCCCCGCUGAGCCGAUCGUGGGCGCUGCACUGAGUCAUCGUGAAUUUACAAGUCUACACUUCACUGGGUCCACUUUCGUCUUCAAGUCCCUUUGGAAGCAAAUUUCUUCCAACCUUGACCUGUACCGUGGUUACCCCCGCAUUGUUGGUGAGACAGGUGGUAAGAACUUCCACUUUGUGCACAAGUCGGCUGACAUGGACGUCGUCGUUACUCAGUGUGUGCGUGCUGCCUUUGAAUAUCAAGGUCAAAAGUGUAGCGCAUUGUCGCGCUUGUAUGUGCCCAAGUCAAUGUGGGAAAAUGGCCUGAAGGAGAAAUUAAUUGAACGUACAAAGUCAUUGUCGAUGGGGCCUGUGAAUGAAUUUAAGCAUUUUGUCGGUCCGGUUGUCGCAAAGCAUUCCUUCGACAAGAUUAUGGGUCUCAUUGAUGAGGCAAAGAAGGAGGGAGGAGAAAUUCUCGUCGGUGGUAAAGGUGAUGAUUCGGUUGGAUACUAUGUGCAGCCUACGAUCAUUGAGACCAAGGACCCCAAGUCUGUCACAAUGGUGAAAGAGAUCUUCGGACCUGUUAUCACUGUGUUUGCCUACCCCGAUGACAAGAUCGAAGAGACUUGUGCGCUUGUGGAUUCUACGACGGAGUAUGCACUCACUGGGUCUAUCUUUGCCUCGGAUCGUCAUGCUUUGAUCCACAUUAGCAACCUUCUUCGUGAUGCAUCCGGCAUGAUGUACUACAACGAUAAGUGUACGGGUGCUGUGGUCGGCCAGCAACCAUUUGGGGGUGCACGUGCUUCUGGCACCAAUGACAAGGCGGGUAGCAUGAACAUCUUCUUCCGCUUUGUUUCUCCGCGUACAAUUAAAGAGUCUAUGCUUGACCCACCAACGCACCUUUACCCUUCGAAUGAAUAG